CACGGCACUCGUUGUGCGGGUGAAGUGGCCGCUGAGGCACACAAUGAGUAUUGUGGGGUUGGCAUCGCGUUUAAUGCCGGUAUCGGUGGCAUUAGGCUACUCGACGGCCCCAUUAAUGAUGCGAUAGAGGCUAAAUCGUUGAGCCACCAUCCCCAUCACGUGGACAUAUACUCGGCCUCAUGGGGGCCGACAGAUAAUGGCCAAUCACUGGAUGGACCUGGACGUCUCGUACAGAGGGCAAUUCUGGACGGCAUUCAAAAGGGAAGGCAUGGUUUGGGAUCAAUAUUCGUGUGGGCGUCGGGCGAUGGGGGCGGUAAGGGUGAUGUGUGUAACUGCGAUGGGUAUGUCAACUCAAUAUACACCCUACCCAUAAGCAGCGCCACACAGCACGGAUUAAUGGCCUACUAUACCGAACAGUGCUCAUCAACGCUGUCCACAACAUAUAGCAGUGGCCAUCAAUAUGAAGGCAGCGUAUUGUCUGUAAACCAAGACAUGAAGUACUUUCACAGUCUGGCCAAUGGUGGGCCUAUAAACACGUCCAACCUAUGCACCCGUAACCACGGGGGCACAUCAGCCUCGGCACCCAUGGCGGCCGCAAUACUGGCGCUGACACUGGAGGCCAACCCGCGACUUACGUGGCGGGACGUCCAGCACUUAGUGGUCGUGACCUCCCGUUACGAACCCCUACGCCAUGAGACGGGUUGGCUGACCAACGGUGUGGGCAGACGUGUCAGCCAUAAGUUUGGGUUCGGACUAAUGGACGCCACGGCACUAGUAUCACUGGCCCGACAUUGGGAGGGGCUACCCGUACAGCGUGUGUGCGAAACACCGGUAGACGAGAGACAGUAUGAAAUUGCCGGUGAACGGCACCGGCGUUUGCAGGUCUCGGUGACCAGUAAGGCCUGUGAAGGAACGUCUAAUGAGGUGACAUACUUGGAGCACAUCCAGGCGCGCAUUUAUUUGAUGUAUAAGCCCAGGGGUGCCCUCAAAAUCUCACUGAUCAGCCCUAUGGGCACAGUAUCCCACCUACUAUUUUCACGGCCCCGGGAUGUAAAUGGGACCACAUUCUACAAUUGGCCAUUUACGUCGGUUCACUACUGGGGUGAACGUGCGGCUGGCACCUGGAGGUUGAUAAUAUACAAUGAUAGUCCUAAGAGUGUUAGAGAGCCGGGUAUUUUGAAAGAGUGGUCACUAGUGUUUUACGGCACUUAUGAUCCACAAACACGUCAGUAUGGUAUUGAA